CGGCGCUGGGGCGCGCAGCACGCCGGGGCCCGCGAGCUGGCCGCGCUCUACUCCCCAGGCAAGCGCUUCCAGGAGUGGUGCUGUGUGGUCUUGUGCUUUGGCCUCAUCGCCCACAACUUGGUCCACCUCCUGCUGCUGGCCCGCUGGGAGCACACGCCCCUCGUCGUGCUGGGUGUCGUUGCAGGGGCUCUCAUUGCUGACUUCUUGUCUGGCCUGGUGCACUGGGGAGCCGACACCUGGGGCUCCGUGGAGCUGCCCAUCGUGGGGAAGGCCUUCAUCCGCCCGUUCCGGGAGCAUCACAUCGACCCGACAGCCAUCACGCGGCACGACUUCAUCGAGACCAACGGGGACAACUGCCUGCUGACACUGCUGCCCCUGCUGAACAUGGCCUACAAGUUCCGCACCCAGAGCCUCGAAGCCCUGGGGCAGCUGUACCCCUGGGAGUGCUUCGUCUUCUGCCUCGUCAUCUUCGGCACCUUCACCAACCAGAUCCACAAGUGGUCACACACGUACUUUGGGCUGCCACGCUGGGUCAUCUUCCUGCAGGACUGGCACGUCAUCCUGCCACGUAAACACCAUCGCAUCCACCAUGUCUCACCGCACGAGACCUACUUCUGCAUCACUACAGGCUGGCUCAACUACCCUCUGGAGAAGAUGGGCUUCUGGCGACGCUUGGAGGACCUCAUCCAGGGCCUGACGGGCGAGAAGCCGCGGGCAGAUGACAUGAAAUGGGCCCAGAAGAUCAAAUAACUCCUCUGAGCCUGCCUCCUUGCCAACCUUCCCCAGCCCCCCAAACCGAAGCCAUCUGCCAAAUUCCAGCCCCCUCACGCUGGCCCCUCCAGGUGGGAGGACGCCUCCUGGGCUGGGCCCGGGCACCCCCAGCCUGCCCCUAGUGACAGAGAAUACUUGAGCCACUGGUUUUUCAUUUCCUCUUUUUCAUUUUCUUUCCUUGGCCCCUCCCAGCCACCUGAGCUGCUCUGUCUGCCAAACCUGACUCUGCAGAAAAAGGACCCCCGCCCUGCCAGCCUUCCCUUGGGUAGGGGGGCAGCUCAGCUGCUCCCUGCACUCCUACGGCCCCCUGCCCCGCUGGGCAGCCUGACAGCGUGGCUGGCAUUGGGGCCACUGAGUCGCCUUAUCUGUCCCUCCUUGUCUGCCCCCAGUGGUCUAGGAGCCCCAGGCACACCUGAGUGUCCCUGGAGCACUGCCCUGCCAUGACCCUGCAAAUUGACCCUGAAGGCCUGGGAGGGUGGACAGCCCUAGCCUGUCCACCCAAAGAUCGCAAAGCGCAGCAAGGGUCUGAGGGCAGCCGGCCAGAAGAGGCCAGAAUUUCCUGCCCAAGUCUGGAGCCCCCCUCCUCCGCCCCUCCCCCACCUGUCAGAGCUGAUGUUUCUAAUCAGGAGGGUGUCUUCGCAGGGUGCAGCCCCUGCAGAGUCUUGGUCAUUUGGAAGGGGACACAGUCUCCCCUCUGGCCAGGGGUAUGUCAGAGAAGGAAGAGUGGGGCUUUUUUGUCUCGGUUUUUUUUUUUUUAAAGGUGCUUGCUUGUUUAAUGUAAAUAAUAGAAAGCCUUAAUAUCUUUUCUGUAACACGGAGUAAUAUUUUAAUGUCAGGUUUUGGAUGUACAUAAUAUAUUUAUAACAAAGCA